GCUGCACCUUCAACACUAUCACAGAGUAUGAUAGGAACAGAUUCCUACCACAUCUCGAUUGAAUCUUUGCCGUUAGAAAUAGACCUGAUUCCAAUUGGAAGCGAAGAAUCCAAUUCUGCACCACAAGAUUACAGGAUCUCUGAAAUAUCUGUUUUCGGGUACGAUUCCAUCGAAAUGAGCUCUGACCACAUCAGCCAUGAGCCGUUGAAAGCGCAGCUGUUGGGCCGCGGCGCCAUCCGGCUUUUCCGUGAUUUUGACGACGGGUCCAUUCGGACACCAGAACAGACUGCUGCGGUAGAUCAACAUGAUGAUACCAUGUUAUCGAUCAUAGCUCUUCCCACAUAUUUCACGGCCACCGAUCUUCUAGGUUUCAUAGGCGAUCACUACAUGGAUCACGUCACGCAUAUCCGGGUGCUCAAGAGUGAAAAGCCAAACCGCUUUUUGGUACUCGUCAAAUUCAACGACGCGCUCAAGGCGGCAGAAUUCCAGUACCAUUUCGACGGCAAACCGUUCAAUUCCAUGGAGCCCGAGGCCUGCCACGUGGUGUUUGUGCGAUCGGUGACUAUAGAUGCGCCUGUAGAGACGGAAAUGCCUAAUCGGGAGGCACUAAUUCCUUUUCUUAUGAAAGACCCGUUCACGUCUGGCCACAGUCUUGGAGCUAGCACAGCGGACUCCAGCAGCAGCAAGACGAGCGAAAACCUGGUCCUGGUGGAGCUUCCGACGUGCCCCGUGUGUCUUGAGAAACUAGACUGCGAGAUCUCGGGGCUUCUUACAAUUCCAUGCCAGCACACGUUCCAUUGUCAAUGCCUCUCCAAAUGGCGGGACGACACGUGUCCUGUUUGUCGGUACACAAACAGCAUUUCGAACCAGAGAAUCAGAAGAUCGGUGCGUCGGUUGCUGCAAAUCAACUCACGCAUGCAGCAACAACAGCUUCUGCAACCCCUCGAGGGGGAACAGCCGCGUUCAGCGGUGGAAGACGAUACCGAAACAUGUAUGAACUGUACCACCACAGACAACCUCUGGGUGUGUCUAAUCUGUGGGAAUUUAGGGUGCAGCCGGUAUGCACCUGAGCAGCAUCUGCUAAAGCAUUUUGUGGAGAGUGGCCACUGUUUUGCCAUGGAACUAGACACAUCCAGGGUGUGGGACUACGCAGGCGAUAGUUACGUGCACAGGCUCAUUGCGAGCGAGUCGGAUGGGAAAAUCGUGGAGUUUCCGAACAAAGCCCACGUGGAUGACAAAGUAUCUGCCAAGCUGGAGAGCGAAAGCGACGAGUAUUCAGAGCUCUUGCUCUCCCAGCUCAUCAGCCAACGUGAAUACUACGAGCUUCUCCUUAAAGACAGGCAGCAGAUGGGUGGCGCCAGGCGACGUUCUUCUGUCAUAGAGCCAAUCGGCAACUUGCUGAAGAUUACCGAGUUGGAGGAGAAGCUAGAAGAUUUGACUGCAAAACUCGAGAAGGUGACGACGAACGUGAUUCCGGCGCUCAAACAGAAGAUCGACAUGAAGCAGAUCUCGUUGAAAAUAGCUGCGCAGGAACUACAGGAGUCUAAUGCUCUUUGUGAGGGUCUCUCGCAAAAAGUGGAGUUUUUGACUGAGGAGAAUGAGAAAUUGAAGGUGCAAAAUGAAGACCUCGGUGAGCAAGUGAAGGAUUUGAUGUUUUAUCUCGAGUCACAGGAGAAAUUCAAGGACCAGCCGCCCGAAGUUACCGAGGGGCAAGUGAUCAUGCGUCCGAAGAAGAAGAACAACAAAAAGAAGAAGUGAGAAGAACAUCGUGCUUGGCCACUAACUGCAGAAAGUGGAGGUUCAAAAGGAAAGCUGAUAGAUGAGAGGUUUUCGUAGAUUAAUACGUUACUUUGAGGAUUUUUCUGGCCCGUUGGUCUAUAUAUUAUUACUUUACGUUUUGAUAGGUGGUAAAGUUAAUAAGGUAUUGACUUGGCGUUCACAAAGUUUUAUUUUCUAAUUCUUGAAUAUCUAAUUCUUAGGAAUGCAUAAACA